UGGCCCCAUAAGCUGAUAAGGAUGGUUUACAACGAGUCAGCAGAAUGUCCUUUAUUUCCAGAUAACCCUGGACACUGCGAUGCUCUGAUUCACGUUAGGCGAGGCAUUGCUUCCAUAUCUCUAAUAGGAUGUUUAUUUAUGAUAGUUGUGAUAUGGCUCUUCAAAAAGCAUGCUGCAUUUUCACAGAGACUGAUCCUGUAUUUGAGUAUAGCAGCUUUCUUUGACAGUAUAGCUUAUUUAAUGGGAGAUAUACGCCCUGAUGGACCGAUGUGUGAUUUUCAAGCCUGGUGGCUAAGUUAUUUUGACUGGUGUGUGUUGGUAUGGGUGUGUAUAAUUACAUUCAAUUUAUUUAUGAAUGUAGUGAAAACAAGAAAUAUAGAGAAGUUUGAAAUACUCUUCCAUGUCCUAGGUUGGGUCGUUCCUGCCAUUAUUUCGUUCCUACCCUUUGCUGGAAACCAUUAUGGACCAGCUGGUGCUUGGUGCUGGAUUGUAAAUGACCUUGGUUGGAGAUUUGGAAUAUGGUAUGGACCGUUAUUCAUAGCUAUUACAGUUUUGGUUGUGACCUAUAUUUACAUUAUAGUCACACUGAACAGAAGAUUGUCCACUUGGAAAGGUACAUAUGACCCUGACACAGAAAGACAGACAACCAUGCUAAAAGAUGACAUCAAAUCUCUGAGGGCCUAUCCAUUUAUUUAUUUAGCUGCCUCCAUAUUCCCUCUAAUUAAUAGAAUACAGAAUGCCGCCUCUCCAGAUGACCCUGUUUUUGCUCUAGUCAUAUUGGCCGCACUCACAGCUCCCUUGCAUGGUGCGAUGAAUGCCAUAGUUUUUGGAAUGGAUAGAGAAACAUUAAGGAAGCUCACUCCUACACAGAUCAAGGUGGCUUUUAUGGCCAGAGUAACCAAAAAAGCUGAAAUACAGGAAUUCGAUCCCGCACCCAGUGUAUCAAGUGAAGAAAUAAGGCAGGUGGAGUGAUUCAACUGUAAAUCUGAUUAUUUCCUUUUACUGGAGAUUGCUAUGUGUGUACCAGUAGAAGAAAAAUCUGAAAAUGGAAGAUAUUCGCUUGAGAACUUAGAAAGGAUAACAAGUGAUAAGCAGCAUAAUUUUAAGAGAAAAAAAAUCAUUACUAUGCUAUAGUAACUGUUUCAGUCUUAAUUUAUAGACAUGUUUAAUGGUUAUGGCAAACAUUAAUGUAUGAUUAUUUAAUUACCAGAGUCUGGUAUUGAAAAUUUAAUUUUACUAUGAAAAUUCUCAACCUGAUUCAUGAACAAAUAAUUAUAUACUGGUAUAGAGUAUUUGUUGAUGUUGCUCUGUUAGACUGUGAACAAAUAUUUGUGUUAGAAGUGUAUGUUGUUUAUUUUACAUGUUUAUCUAAAUCUGCCACUUAUUUAUUUCAAUGUUGACCCCCCCCCCCUUCCUUAAAAAAAGAAAUAAAUAAAUAAGUAAAUAAAAUAAAAUAUUAAAUAAAUGAAUAAAAUUUAAAAUGCUGCUUUGUGAAUUUAAGCCAUUUAUAAGCUAUACCAUAUCCUUUUGACUAAUUUCAAUAAAUAAAAUGUUUAAUUUAAUAGAUCAAUUUUU